AUGAUAACAUCAAAUGACAGACCCUAUCAAGGUGGAAUAUUUUUCUUGACAAUUCACUUCUUAACAGAUUAUCCCUUCAAACCACCGGUUGCAUUUAGAGGAAGAGUCUGUCACCCAAAUAUUAACAGUAAUGGCAGCGGUUUUUUUGACACUACAGUCACAGUUGUCUCCAGCACUAUUUCAAAAGUAUUUUUGUCCAUCUGUUCUCUGUGUGAUCCCAAUCUCGAUGAUCCUUUAGUGGCUGAGAUUGCAAGCAGCUACAACAGAGAAAAAUACAGCAGGGUAGCUUUGCAGCAGAAUCAGAAGUAUGUAAUCUAA